CAAGAAAUCCCUGUUGAAGCCUCUGCAGAGAUGGGUCGUCAAGAUUCUGACUAUGUGUGGAAAAAGAACACCGACAACAUCGAGGAGCAGUUCAACUUCAUGGAGGAGCUCGGAUCGGGGGCGUUCUCCGAGGUCUACAUGGUGAAGGAGAAGAAGACGGGAAAGAUGUUUGCCAUGAAGUGUGUGAAGAAGAAACAGAAGAGGGACCUCAAUCUGGAGAAUGAGAUCACUGUGUUGAGAAGAAUCAAACAUGAUAAUGUGGUGGGAAUGGAGGAUUUCUAUGAGAGUCGUACUCAUUACUACCUCGUCAUGCAGCUAGUUUCAGGUGGCGAGCUCUUUGACCGUAUUCUGGACCGGGGGGUUUACUCAGAGAAGGAUGCCAGCAGGGUGAUCCAACAGGUGCUGCAGGCUGUCAGCUAUCUGCACGAAAACGGCAUCGUGCACCGUGACCUCAAGCCAGAGAACAUCCUGUACUACAGCCAGGAUGAGGACUCUAAGAUCAUGAUUAGUGACUUCGGCCUCUCUAAGAUGGUAGACAACGGCGUCAUGUCGACAGCCUGCGGCACUCCAGGAUAUGUCGCUCCUGAAGUGUUGGCACAGAAGCCCUACAGCAAUACAGUGGACUGCUGGUCGAUUGGAGUUAUCACUUAUAUCCUACUCUGUGGAUACCCCCCUUUUUACGAAGAAAGUGAGACUCGACUCUUCUCCAAGAUCAUGAAGGCGCAGUACGAGUUCGACUCGCCCUUCUGGGAUGACAUUUCUGAAUCUGCUAAAGAUUUCAUCCGUAACAUGAUGCAGAAGAAUCCUCACAUGCGCUACUCUACCGAUCAAGCUCUCCGACACCCCUGGAUUAUCGGAAAGACGGCCCGGAGCAACGACAUCUAUUUUUCCGUCAGCGUUCAGAUCCAAAAGAACUUUGCUAAGUCCAAAUGGAAGCAAGCCAUCAAUGCUGCCGUAGCCAUCAACCACAUGAAGAGGCUGCAUCUCGCCCACUCAGAGCUGAUCCUGAGGCAGACCAGCAUCCCGGACAUCAAUGUGAUCGACGUGUCCACACAGAUCAAUAACUGCAAACAUCCCAACCAGGAUAGGCUGGACCCCAAGGGGAUGGAGAUUAACGGGAAUGUACAAGGGACACAUUACAUGUCCUUGCCCACGAGCCCUAUUGAACUGAAGAGCCAUUACCACCCACUGAAGAGUCACAGUCAGACCAGCGCCCCCCCUCACGCGCCCACUAUGGCCGAGCAGGGCAAGCACGUGUACCACUCAGAGCCCGCCAACCUGAACGGGUACGGUAAAACCAGAAACAACAACAAGCCUGUUCAGACUGGAGUUUGCUCCGUCAUGUGAAGGCUGCAUGAAGUUUACAUGGGAAAAAGUAUUUUACUUGGUCAGUGUUGCUGUGCUGACUCAGCAUGCAGCUGUUGUGUGUCAGCAGCUCCCCUACUGGUACUGAGGAUGAGAAGUGGUUGAUCCCGCCGA